AUGGAUGCCACAUUUGUUGAAUGUAUUGUUAAAGAAACAGUAGAAUGGCUCUUUACCAAAAUCCACUGUGGAGCUUACGGUGACUGUCCAUAUGUGCAUAUACACAUGGGUAACUCUCUCCUUCCGCCCCGCACGUGGAUAUUCCUCUCAGAGCCCCUUGCACUGUGGGAUAAUCCUCAGGUCACUCGGGGUGAGCCCCAGAAGUCAUGCUCCAAGCCUGUAGCAGAGAAAGUCACAGAGAGCUGCCAGCAAAUUUGCCAGUGCCGGCCACCUCCACCGUUACCACCACCUCCUCCACCUCCACCGCCCCCGAGGUUGCUAGUGGUGCCGACUCCCAAGUCUACCUUUUGUCCCACUGAAGAGACCUGGUGGCCAGGCCUGGUUAUUAUCAUUGCAGUAUGCUGCGCCACACUAGUGUUCCUCUUCGUAGUUGUCAUCAUUUGCUACAAAGCCAUAAAAAGGAAACCAAUGAGAAAAGAAGAGAACGGAACCAGUCGAGCUGAAUAUGCAAUGACCUCCUCCCAAAACAGCAAAACAGUUGAUAACAAUGCAGUCGUAUAA